CCUCAUUCUUUUCCCAGAAGAGAGAAGGGAAACUUUGGGGCAUUAUGGUUGAAAGCCAGAUAAUCCCAGGAGUUGACUUCAGAGCCACCAAAGAGCCACAAGUUGUCCGGGUAAUUGUGAAGACGCCCUGGCAGAAGGAAGAGUUCUUGGUCCACAAGGACAUGCUGGUGAGGGAAUUCAAGGAGCAUGUGGCCAGGCACUUGUCCUCUUCUCCUUCCCAAAUCGUGCUGGUCUACGUCGGAAGGAUCCUGAAAGACCACAAGUCCCUCGCCCAGCACGGGAUCCACCUGGACAGCAACGCUGCCGUCUAUGUCGUCGUCCGAUCCCAACAGGCCUGCCCACCCCAGCAGGGGCCCACCCUCCCAACUGACCUGGGCCCAGAGCCCAAGGCCCCCAGGGGCGGCACUUUCGCCAGUGAUGGCUUGCGGGAGCUGACGGCCAGCCUGGGCCUGAACACGGCCAAUUUCACGGAGUUCCAGAACCAGCUGAUGUCCAACCCUGACCUGAUGCUGCAGCUCCUGGAGAACCCCUUCAUCCAGAGCAAACUCUCCAGCCCCGACCUGAUGAAGAAGUUGGCCACCAAGAGCCCCCAGGUACGGCAGGUGAUUCGGAGGGCCCCCGAGAUCAGCCACGUCUUCAGCUCCCCAGAGGGCAUGAGGUGGCUGUUGGAGCUGGCCAGGAACCCGGCUGCCGUGCGGGAGAUCAUCAAAUCCCCACCCCAGGCUCAGCCUUGUCCUGGCAGCGUCCCCAGUGGGGACGGCAACACGGCCUUGCAGGAGGUGCUGAUGAAAGUACAGGGCCUGGUGCAGAAGGCGCUCCCUAAGAGAUCAGCGCCCACCGUCUGCUCAGGAGCCCCGGGAGGCCACCAGCCCUCCUUUGACCAGAGUGAGAAGUCUGGGUGGGCCAGGCAGCAUCUGCCUUCCCCCAAAAUGUGGCCCCUGAGGUCUAGUGGCCAGAAUGCCGGCACGGCGGCUGGCAAUGACCACAGCAGAGGGGAGAGUGGCAACUUGCGAGGGGAGACGGGCCAGCUGGCCUCGGCAGCGGUGAAGACCUUGUUCCACCAGAUCAUCAAGCACCUCGUGCAGAGCAUGGCGAGCAGCCCCUCCAGAAACCCCACCGGUCAGGGCCUCGGCUCAGACGGGGUGGGCAAAGCUGCCCAGAGGUACGUGGCCGGAUCCAGAAACUCCCGGGAGCAGAUUCUGGCGCUCUUGCAGCAGAUUCAGAACACAGAUGUCCUCCUGGCAAGCUGGAGCCCCAAAGAGAUCCGGGGGCUGAUGGAGAUUCAGCAGAGGCUGCAGGCCUUGGCGACCGACGAACCGGCGGCAGAGAAAGGUGGCCGAUCAGAGCGCCCCGCCCGGAGAUCGUAUUCCAUCACUUCUCUCUGCAACAUUGUGCCCCCCUCCGGCCCAGGGGACGAGGAGGACUUCUCUGCUCCCGAGAUCUGGCAGAGCCUGGCGGCGGAUGACUUCUUCUGCAGCCCCCCACUCAGCGUCCGCCUGCGGGGCUGCUCGGCACAACCACCCCCUUCGAAGCAGCAGACGUACAAGCUGUGAAGUGCCGGGGCUGAGCCCUUGGCGGAGCGGACGGGGCCCUUCGGGGGA